UCCAGGAUGUGAGGUGUUUCCAAUGUGGACCUCGAAGAGACAAUUUCUCAUCCUGUUUAACAUGAUCCUAAUUUCCGAACUCCUUGGGGCUAGGUGGUUUCCUAAGACUCUGCCCUGUGAUGUCACUCUGGAUGCUCCAAACGCCCAUGUGAUCGUGGACUGCACAGACAAGCAUUUGACAGAAAUUCCUGGAGGUAUUCCCACCAAUGCCACCAACCUCACCCUCACCAUUAACCAUAUAGCGGGUAUCUCUCCAGCGUCCUUCUACCGGCUGGACCAUCUGGUAGAGAUCGAUUUCAGAUGCAACUGUGUACCUGUUCGACCGGGGCCAAAAGACAAUGUGUGCACCAGAAGGCUGCAGAUUGAACCCAGCAGCUUUAGUAAACUCACUUAUUUAAAAUCUCUUUACCUGGAUGGAAACCAGCUUCUAGAAAUACCUCAGGAUCUUCCUCCCAGCUUACAGCUGCUGAGCCUUGAGGCCAACAACAUCUUUUCGAUCAUGAAAGAGAAUCUAACAGAACUGGCCAACCUAGAAAUACUCUACCUGGGCCAAAACUGUUACUAUCGCAAUCCUUGUAAUGUUUCGUUUUCCAUUGAAAAAGAUGCUUUCCUAAAUAUGACAAAUUUAAAAUUGCUCUCCCUAAAAGAUAACAAUAUCUCAGCUGUCCCCACUAUUUUGCCACCUACUUUAACUGAACUCUAUCUUUAUAACAACAUCAUUGCAAAGAUCCAAGAAGAUGAUUUUAAUAACCUCAAUCGACUGCAAGUUCUUGACCUAAGUGGAAAUUGCCCUCGUUGUUAUAAUGCUCCAUUUCCUUGUACACCCUGUGAAAAUAAUUCUCCCCUACAGAUCGACCUAAAUGCUUUUGAUGCAUUGACAGAAUUACAAGUUUUACGUCUACACAGUAACUCUCUUCAGUAUGUGCCCCAAAGAUGGUUUAAAAACGUUAACAAACUUAAAACACUAGAUCUUUCCCAAAACUUCUUGGCCAAAGAAAUUGGCGAUGCCAAAUUUUUGCAUCUUCUCCACAACCUUGUCCAAUUGGAUCUGUCUUUCAAUUAUGAACUUCAGGUCUAUCAUGCAUUUAUGAAUCUGUCAGAUGCAUUUUCUUCACUGAAAAACUUGAAAGUUUUGCGGAUCAAAGGCUAUGUCUUUAAAGAGCUGAGAAGUUCAUACCUCUCCCCAUUACAUAAUCUUUCCAAUCUUGAAGUUCUUGAUCUUGGCACUAACUUUAUAAAAAUUGCUGACCUCAGCAUAUUUAAACAGUUUAAAACAUUGAAAUUCAUAGAUCUCUCAGUGAAUAAAAUAUCACCUUCAGGAGAUUCAAGUGAAGAUGGCUUCUGCUCUAACAUGAGAACUUCUGUAGAAGGUCAUGGGCCCCAGGUCUUUGAAGCAUUACAUUAUUUCAGGUAUGAUGAAUUUGCAAGGAGUUGCAGGUCCAAAAACAAAGAGCCUCCUUCUCUCUUGCCUCUUAAUGAAGAUUGUUACAAGUAUGGGCCGACCUUGGACCUAAGUGGAAAUAAUAUAUUUUUUAUCAAGUCUUCUGAGUUUCAGUAUCUUUCUUUCCUCAAAUGCCUAAACUUAUCGGGAAAUACCAUUAGCCAAACGCUUAACGGUAGUGAAUUUCAGCCUUUAGUGGAGUUGAAAUAUUUGGACUUCUCUAACAAUCGGCUUGAUUUACUCUACUCAACAGCUUUUGAGGAGCUACGCAACCUGGAAGUCCUAGAUAUAAGUAGUAACAGCCAUUAUUUUCAAUCAGAAGGAAUAACUCACAUGCUAAACUUUACCAAGAACCUAAAGGUUCUGAAGAAACUGAUGAUGAACAACAAUGACAUCGCUACCUCCACCAGCAGGACCAUGGAGAGCGAAUCUCUUAAAAUUCUGGAAUUCAGAGGAAAUCAUUUGGAUAUUUUAUGGAGAGAUGGUGAUAACAGAUACUUAAAACUCUUUGAGAAUCUGCUGAACUUGGAGGAAUUAGACAUCUCUGAAAAUUCCCUGAGCUUCUUACCUAGUGGAGUUUUUGAUGGUAUGCCUCCAAAUCUGAAGACUCUCUCCUUGGCCAACAAUAAGCUCAAGUCUUUCAACUGGGGAGGACUCCAGCAUCUGAGGAAUCUAGAAACGUUGGACCUCAGCUACAACCAACUGAAGACUGUCCCUAGGAGAUUAUCCAACUGUUCCCACAGCCUCAAGAAACUCAUACUUAAGAACAAUCAAAUCAGGCACCUGACAAAGUAUUUUCUACAAGAUGCUUUCCAGUUACGACAUCUGGACCUGAGCUCAAAUAAAAUCCAGGUUAUCCAAAAGACUAGUUUUCCAGAAAACGUCCUCAACAAUCUGGACAUUUUGUUUUUGCAUCACAAUCGGUUUCUGUGCAACUGUGAUGCUGUGUGGUUUGUCUGGUGGGUUAACCAUACAGAGGUGACGAUUCCUUACUUGGCCACAGAUGUGACUUGUAUGGGACCAGGAGCACACAAGGGCCAGAGUGUAGUGUCUCUGGAUCUAUAUACCUGUGAGUUAGAUCUGACUAACUUCGUCCUGUUCUCACUUUCCAUAUCGGCAGCUCUCUUUCUGAUGGUGAUCACAACAGCAAACCAUCUCUACUUCUGGGAUGUGUGGUAUAGUUACCAUUUCUGUAAGGCCAAAAUAAAGGGGUAUCGACGUCUGAUACCACCGAAUUCUUGCUAUGAUGCUUUUAUUGUGUAUGACACUAAAGACCCAGCAGUGACAGAGUGGGUUUUGGAUGAGCUGGUGGCCAAAUUGGAAGACCCAAGAGAGAAAUGUUUUAAUUUAUGUCUCGAGGAAAGGGACUGGUUACCAGGGCAGCCUGUUCUGGAAAAUCUUUCCCAGAGCAUACAGCUUAGCAAAAAGACAGUGUUUGUCAUGACAGACAAGUAUGCAAAGACUGAGAAUUUUAAGAUAGCAUUUUACUUGUCCCAUCAGAGGCUCAUGGAUGAAAAAGUGGACGUAAUUAUCUUGAUAUUCCUUGAGAAGCCCCUUCAGAAGUCCAAGUUUCUCCAGCUCCGGAAGAGGCUCUGUGGGAGUUCUGUCCUUGAGUGGCCAACAAACCCACAGGCUCAUCCGUACUUCUGGCAGUGUCUGAAAAACGCCCUGGCCACAGACAAUCACGUGACAUACAGUCAGGUGUUCAAAGAGACAGCCUAGCCCUUCUUUGCAAAAUGUGACUGCCUAACUUACCAAGGAGAGGCUCGGCUGCCUAGAUUGGCUCAUCCCUGUCCCACCAAAAGAGUGUUUUAAAGUUUUC